AUGGAACAAUAUAGUUAUUAUUAUAAUGAAGAAGAUGAAACUGAAAUAGAUAAAAACAGACAUCAAUAUAGUUAUAAUCAAGAUAGAGACUCUUCCACCGAUGAAGAGGAAGAGGAGGACGAGGAUGAUGAUAGCAGUUUUGUUUAUGAGGAAGACGAUGAGGAAGAGGAAGAAGAUGUAUCAUCUAAGUUUGGUUUAAUGUUUUUGAAAAAACAAGGUUAUGUUGAAGGACAGGGUUUAGGGAAAGAUAAAACUGGUAGGACAGAUAUUAUCGAGGUUGACCAGAUGCAAUCAACUAAAGGUUUGGGUUUUGUUGAAAAGGAAUUACCAGCAUUUUAUACAUUACAAAAACACGAGUUACAAGACGACGAUUUAGAUUUCCCUCAUGAACAAACAAUUAAUUGGAUAUCAAAUACUGGCAGUGGAAUCGAAUUGAAAGAGGAGGAUGUUGUUAUUGGUAAUCCAGGAAUCGAUAAUCCAAGAAGAGGUCAUUGCUCAAUUGAAUUAAUGUUGGAAUUGGACCAACAUAAAACUGCACUUGAUCAUUUGGACAGUAGAUUAUUUUAUCAAGCUAGAAAAAAGUCAAAUCCAUACGAGGCUAUUAAAGGCUCAAUUUUUAUAAAUAGAGCUGCAGUUAAAAUGGCAAAUAUAGAUAAGUUGGCAAAUUUAUUAACACCAUUGAUACCUAUCAAGGGAAAACCUAAUGAAUUUUUAUAUUUUGCAGAUGUAUGUGCUGGGCCUGGUGGAUUUACAGAGUAUGUUUAUUGGAAAAAAACAAAAGGAGGCAAGUUAUUAGAGCAACAGGACAAUAGUGGUAAUGGUGUUUUAGAGUUAGAUGAUAUAGUUAAGGGAUUUGGGUUUACAAUUCGUGGUAAAUGUGAUUGGAACAUAGAGAGAUUUUCAAAACAAAUCCCAAUUCAUAAUUUUAAAAAAGAAUAUGGUUUGGAUGGUACAGGUAAUAUAUUGUUUUCGGCAAAUAUAAAGAAUUUCUCAAAUAAUAUUUUUGAAUAUACCAACGGCAUAGGCUUACAUUUGUUUAUGGCAGAUGGUGGCGUUAGUACCGAGGGAAAAGAGAAUCAACAAGAAAUUUUACUCGCACAAUUAAUUUUAUGUCAAAUUUUAACAAUGUUUGAAACUCUAGGUAAAGGUGGAAGUUUUGUUUGUAAAAUAUUUGAUACCUAUACACCAUUCACAAUUGGUCUUAUAUAUUUAGUAUAUCAACAUUUCGAAACUUUUUCAAUUUGCAAACCUUAUACAAGUAGACCUUUAAAUUCAGAACGUUAUAUUAUCGCCAAAAACUAUUCAACUUAUCGUCCACAAAAAGUUAUUGACUUUCUUUAUUCCAUCAACGAUAAGAUGAAUAAUGGUAUUUUAGUUUUAGAAAUUAUUUCAAUUGCAUCUAUGGAUCAAGAGUUUUUAAGAUAUGUAAUGGAUACAAAUAUUGAUAUUUGCUCAAGGCAAAUUAAAGCUUUUGAACUAUUCAAAAAAUAUAUUGAGGAUAGGGAGUUACCACCAUGCGACCAAACUGAAAUUAGAAAUAAAUGUUUAGAAGAAUGGGAAUUACCAAAAGAAUCAAAACAUGAUUUAGAAAAUUAUAAUAAAACACAUAAAAAACAUCAUCAUCAUCAUAAUAAUAUAAAUAAUAGUAAUAUAAAUAAUAAUAAUAAUAAUAUAAAUAAUUAUAUGAAUAGAAAUAUGAAUCAAAAUUAUCAAAGAAAACACUAUAGUAAUGGGGGUAGUUCCAACAGUAGUAAUUUAUCUUCUCCAAAUAGCUUAUCAUCCCCAAAUUCACCCCAAUUUAACUCAACUCCCCCUUAUUCACCAAGUUCACCAAAUUCACCAAGUUCGUUAAAUUCACCAAAUUCAACAUAUUCUCCAAACUAUAAUUAUAAUAACAAUAAUAAUAAAGGUCGUAGAUUUAUUAAUAAUAAGCAAUUGGUAAAAUCAAAUUCGCAAUUUCAUCAGAAACCGCCACCAAUAAAUAAGCAUCCAAGUCCUCUUCAAAUAAAGCAACAAUUUUUACUCCAACAACAAAAAGAAAAACAAAAUUUAGAAAAACAAAGUUUUUUAGACCAACAACAUCGACUUCAAUCAACUUCUUCAGAUAUUCCAGCUGCUAAUUUUAUGGAAAAUUUAUUAAAAACAAUGCAAGAGACAAGAAUAAAUAAUAAUAUAAAUAAUAAUUAUAAUAAUAAUGAUAAUAAUAAUAUAUAA